AUGACGGCCAGAGGCAGUUCCCUCCUAGAAAUCGCGCUUCUCCUUUCAUUCACGUGUCAAUGCCUCGCCAUUCGACCUCACCGUACGCCCUCCCCCAAGUCCACGUCACUCUAUAUCGUGCGUCUGCGCUCCGCCCUUCCCCUCGCCGCGUAUCGGGGCGGAAUAGCGAGCUUCCCGGGAUGGAUGGACGACGUCGACGACGACGAAUCUGCCGGUCCGUCUGGUCUGCAGGCGACGGUGGAGACGGUUGCGCACGAAGCGGCGACGCUGGCCGGCAGAAUUCCGCGGCGCGCGCGGCUGAGCUUGGAGAACCCGCAGCUCAAGGCGUACGCGCAGAUGCUGGAGUCGCAGCAGAUGCGAAUCGCGUCUGACGUGGGCGUGACGUCAGACAGCAUUGUGUACAAGUACGCUUUGGGAAACCUACAACAACUUUCCGUCAUCAAAACUGUCCCACUUGAUUCCGUGCCCAAAGCCCUCGUUCCCAUCACUUCCUCAAUCUCUUCAAACCCCCUUCACCCCCACUCUCCCCCCUCCCCCAGCUACGUGCACGCGAGCAACGGGUUCGCAGCCACCCUCUCCCCGCAGCAGGUGCGGCUGCUGCAGCGGCACCCGGCAGUGGCGGCAGUGACGCGCAGCCGCAGAGUGACGCCGCUCACCAUCGACUCGCCCACCUUCCUCGCCAUGCGCGCCACCGGGUCGCUGUGGCCCGCCAACGGCGGACAGGCGAGGGCGGGCGAAGGGAUGGUGGUCGGCGUAGUGGACUCGGGCAUCUGGCCCGAACACCCCUCUUUCAGCGACGCGGGCUUCCCCUCCUCGCGCCCCGCCGGCUGGACGGGCAAGUGCGACGCGACGAGCGAGUUCAAGUGCAACAAUAAGGUCAUAGGCGCGCGGGGGUUCUACAAGGGCUUUAAGGAAGACACCGGUGGGCCGGACCUGUCGAAAGACUGGCUAUCGCCUCGCGAUUCGUGCGGUCACGGCACGUGGUGUGCAGGCGCAGCAGCGGGCAACAGGGACGUGCCCAUGGCGGGCGGCAGGGCGAGCGGCAUGGCGCCAGCAGCGCGCCUGGCGGUGUACAAGGUGCUGUGGUACGCAGAGGGCUCCUUCUUUGGCGUAUCAGCGGACAUGGAGGCGGCCGUCAACCAGGCCGUGGCGGACGGCGUGGAUGUGCUCUCGCUCUCGCUGGGCGGCGUGGAUCUCACAGAAACCUACUUCUCCCACAUGCCCUACCUCGCUGCUAACCUCGCGGGAAUGCUCGUGGCGUUCGCCGCAGGGAAUGGUGGCGCUCCAGGCUAUGACCCAAGCGGUUACCGCACGAUUGAAAACUUCUCCCCGUUCUACCUCACAGUGGGGGCAAGCACCAUUGGCCGAGGUGGUAUAACCCUGAAGGCCGCUACACCGGCAGGCGCACCUCACAGCAACUCAUCAACGACCCCUGCAGCCACGGCCUACCCUGCCGUGGCCGAUUUCUCCUCCACCGGACCCCUCAGGGACCCUUCCACUGACACCCCCGCCACUCUCCCCACCAACAGCAUAUUAAAGCCCGACAUUGUGGGCCCGGGCGUGGAUCUCUACGCUGCAUGGCCGGCUGAGAAGGUGGGCAGGCCGGGCAGCUACGCCCAGCUGUCAGGGACGUCCAUGUCAACGCCCCACUUGGCGGGCAUUGCGGCUCUCAUCAUGCAGAAGCACCCCUCGUGGAGCCCCGCACAGGUCAUGUCGGCCAUUAUGACCACCGCCAAGACCACCGACACCAGCGGUGCUGCCAUCGAUAAUGGAUAUGGUGAGGCUGCUACGCCGUGGGAGAUGGGGUCUGGCCAUGUGUUCCCACCCAAGGUGCUGGAUCCUGGCCUCACAUACGACGCCCGGGCAGCUGCUUAUAGGAAUUUUCUAGCCGGGCAGAGUAUGAAGCAGGCAUGGAAGCACUUCCCAGGUGCUAAGCUGACUGCGAGUGCUCCUCGUGAGUUGAACCGUCCAAGUAUCUCAAUCUCCCGGUUAAAAGGGACAGUGACAGCAAACAGGACAGUUACCAACGUUGCUGAUUCCUCCUCCACAUAUACAGCUAGCAUCAAGCCUCCCAACGGAGUCUCCAUCACGGUUUCACCCAACAGAUUUACAAUUGCUCCUGGUCAAAGGGUAACUUUCAUGGUGACCUUCAAAGUGAUCAAUACGUUUGAGAGCUUCCAGUUUGGAAGCCUAACAUGGGCCGAUGCGGAUGCCCAGUCGUACUUGGCGAUCAAGGCGCAGGCGGCCCGAAAGGCUGCCAACGACGCGGAAGCGGUGACGAAUGCAGCGCUGGCGGAUUACAACAUCAAGCUCAACGCGGAGGCUGCAAUUCAGAAGAUCAUUGACGACGCGAACGCUGAUUUGAAUAACGCCCAGACGAAUCUGACGGCUAAGAAGAAGCAGCUGGACGACGCGAAGGUCAAGGCUGAGCCAGCACGCCAGGAGAUGAUGAAGCAACGAGCAGCGAGGAAGGCGGAGCAGGACUACCACGACGAGCUUCAGCAGCAAGCGGCGGAGUCGGACAUCGACGCGGCAGAGCUGGAAAGGGACCUCGUCCCCGCGCAGCAGCAACUGGACCUCGCCAAUCAGCUGCUCGCCGACCAGAUCCUCAUCGCCCAGGAGGCCACCGCCGACUCCACCUACUACGCGCGACGCGCCGCGAAGCUCAAGACUCCAGAGGCGCAGGCAGAGGCCGCCGAAGCGCAGUUAACCCGAGCUCGGGCGAAUCGCAUCCAAGGGGCGCUUGCGAGGCAGGUGGCGCUCGCGAAGGAUGCCUUGGAGUCGAUGCAGGCCGACUUGGCGUUCGCGUUGAAGGACAAGGUCGACACCAAGAAGGCAGUGGCAGAUCACGUGCCCGACCUGAACAAGGCGAAGAAGGACGCCGCAGACGCGGAAGCGACGUACACCAAAUACAUGAACGACAUGAAGACGCUGCCCGCUGUUAUCAACCAGCUCACGGCCGACGUCAAGGUGAAGACGCUAAACGCGGCUAAGGUCACCAAGGAUAACAAGGUGGCACUCGGGCAGGCUGCUUCCGCUCGCGCUCAGGCCGAGACCAUUUACAAAAAUAAGAAGGCGAGGUCCGACGCGCUCAAAGCUGCUGCGGACCAGGCGGAAGCGGACUCCGCGGCUUACGACAAGGCCCACUCCGUCAACUGGAACAACGGCAAAGGCCAAGCGUUUUCAAGAAUAAUCCUGUGGGCGCACACGCACGCAGUGGUGCAGUACUGGAAGGCGAGGCGGGAGAAGGGCGUCCUGCCCGCCAGCGAUGCACCGCACGAGUCGCAGCAGCUGCCUGCAGCAGAGCUGGCGGGGGACGCAUGGUGGGCCGUGGCAGGCGCAGCG